GUAACCGGGCGGUUACCUUCCAGACACGACCAACUGACGUGUAUUUGUGCUCUGGGUGAUGACGCGUCUCAAACAUGCUCCUCACAGAGCCGCUAUCUGGUGUCCACUAACCGCUAGACUUUGAACAAGAUCAGAAAGGACACGAUGGGCAUUAAAUUCCUGGAGGUGAUAAAGCCGUUCUGUGUGGUUUUACCUGAGAUCCAGAAACCAGAGAGGAAGAUUCAGUUUAGAGAGAAAGUGCUAUGGACUGCGAUCACCCUGUUCAUCUUUCUGGUGUGCUGCCAGAUUCCCCUCUUUGGAAUCAUGUCUUCAGACUCAGCAGAUCCAUUUUACUGGAUGAGAGUUAUCCUGGCCUCCAACAGAGGUACUUUGAUGGAGUUGGGUAUCUCUCCUAUUGUAACAUCUGGUCUGAUCAUGCAGCUGUUGGCUGGAGCUAAAAUCAUUGAGGUUGGAGACACCCCAAAAGACAGAGCACUCUUCAAUGGAGCUCAGAAACUAUUUGGCAUGAUCAUCACCAUUGGCCAGGCUAUUGUGUAUGUGAUGACUGGCAUGUAUGGAGACCCUUCAGAAAUGGGUGCUGGAAUCUGUCUUGUCAUCAUCAUUCAGCUGUUUGUGGCAGGUCUGAUCGUGUUGCUGCUGGAUGAGUUGCUGCAGAAGGGUUAUGGGUUGGGCUCUGGCAUCUCACUUUUCAUUGCCACCAACAUCUGUGAGACAAUUGUAUGGAAGGCAUUCAGCCCAACUACAGUCAACACGGGAAGAGGUACUGAGUUUGAAGGAGCCAUCAUUGCUCUGUUCCACCUGUUGGCCACUCGUUCUGAUAAAGUGCGAGCUCUGAGAGAGGCCUUCUACAGGCAGAACCUGCCCAACCUCAUGAACCUCAUAGCCACGGUCUUCGUCUUUGCUGUGGUCAUAUACUUCCAGGGCUUCAGAGUUGACCUGCCCAUUAAGUCUGCACGUUACCGUGGCCAGUACAACACGUAUCCCAUCAAACUGUUCUACACCUCCAACAUUCCCAUCAUCCUGCAGUCUGCUCUGGUGUCCAACCUGUAUGUCAUCUCUCAAAUGCUCUCCACCCGCUUCAGUGGAAACUUCCUGGUCAACCUGCUGGGGACUUGGUCUGACACCUCAAGUGGAGGACCUGCUCGUGCUUACCCAGUUGGUGGUCUGUGCUACUACCUCUCUCCCCCAGAAUCAUUUGGCACAGUCCUGGAGGAUCCAGUCCAUGCCGUCAUUUACAUUAUCUUCAUGCUAGGGUCCUGUGCCUUCUUCUCUAAGACAUGGAUUGAGGUGUCUGGAUCCUCUGCCAAAGAUGUUGCUAAACAGCUGAAAGAACAGCAGAUGGUUAUGAGGGGACACAGAGAAACUUCUAUGGUCCAUGAACUCAACAGGUACAUCCCCACUGCAGCAGCUUUUGGAGGACUGUGUAUCGGGGGCCUCUCGGUCAUGGCCGACUUUUUGGGAGCCAUCGGCUCAGGAACGGGAAUCUUGUUGGCCGUCACCAUCAUCUACCAGUACUUUGAGAUCUUUGUCAAAGAACAGAGUGAAAUGGGCAGUAUGGGUGCUCUCAUUUUUUAGUAAGGCACUCCGUGACCACAUCAGACGGACUGAACCUAUGUGGUUUAAGUUCUUUUUGUAUAUGAUUUUGUUUUACUAAACGCACAAAUUCAAUGCUCUACAUCCACAAUGUGCUCCCAUUGUGCAUCUGACCUUGAUCUGGAGAGGUACUGAAUUAUAUUGCGUUCUCCUGGGGAAAAUAUGGCAGCUUAAUAUGUCAGUAUUUAGCAUGGGAAUGUAACAUCCUUAAUUUCCGCUUUUACCUUGUGACUGAUCCUCAAUUUGUUAUUCUUUUCCCUAAGUGGUACCUAUCUAUGGGUGUUUCUAAUUCCAUGUAAUUCCAUUUAAAUACAGUACAUAUUAGUCUAGCAUUUAACCAAUGGAUAAGUAUGGGCACAUGCAACAUGUUCGUAUAUGAUCGGCCUUUGAUACACCCUGGACUAUCUAAAUUCGUCUCGGUGUGUGUGAACAGGUAAAUGCAAUGUUAUUCUAUGGCAACAGUUGAUUCUGUGUACAUAAAAACAGAUUUUUUUUUUUUUUAAGGUGUGUGUGUGUGUGCGCGUGCACAUUUGCCAGUUGCAUUUUUUGUGGGCUGAGUGUAUGAAAAUGUUUUCUUUGUUGGUUUAAAAUUGUCCUAAAUUUAAUCAUAGCGAGGCCAUUGUUGGGUUUAGUUUUGCUGAUAGAGUUUGCAUUGUUUAUAUCUGUUAUUGCCGCCCUGUAUCUACAAGCCAUUUUAUAAUUUUUUUGUGCAUUUCAGACACACAACUUAAUGAGAGAGAUUUAUAUUAUUGUCCCAUUUUCGUCUAAUUAGCUCUGGUUUCUUUUAUUGGACCAAAUGCUGCAGAAACUGCCUAUUAAUUAAUUUUCCAGUGUUGAUAUGGGUGGGUUUGUUAAAAUGGAGUAUGUCAUGUGUUAUUUUCUUAUACAGGCCACGGUAAUAAAAUGUGUUGCAAACA